GGUGCGGGGGACAGCUGCUGGGUGGCACCGGUGGCUGAGGGAGGUCGCAGCCAUGUCGGAGCGGAAGGUGUUGAACAAAUACUACCCGCCGGACUUCGAUCCUGCUAAGAUCCCAAAGCUCAAACUCCCAAAGGACCGACAGUAUGUGGUGCGGCUCAUGGCCCCCUUCAACAUGCGAUGCAAGACCUGUGGUGAAUACAUCUAUAAAGGCAAGAAGUUUAAUGCCCGUAAGGAGACUGUUCAGAAUGAGGUGUACCUGGGACUUCCCAUCUUCCGCUUCUACAUCAAGUGCACACGUUGCCUGGCAGAGAUCACUUUCAAGACAGAUCCCGAGAACACAGACUACACCAUGGAGCACGGCGCAACUCGCAACUUCCAAGCUGAGAAGCUCUUGGAGGAAGAGGAGAAAAGAAUGCAGAAGGAGAGAGAAGAGGAAGAGCUCAACAAUCCCAUGAAGGUCCUGGAGAACCGAACCAAGGACUCCAAGCUGGAGAUGGAGGUUCUGGAGAACCUGCAGGAGCUGAAGGAACUCAACCAGCGCCAGGCAAACGUGGACUUUGAGGCGAUGCUGAAGCAGUACAAGGAGUACGAGGAGGAGCAGAAGCGCAAGGAGCAAGAGGAGGACGAGCAAGAGAUGAAAGCUAUGCUGGAGCAGGCCCAGAACCGGCGGCUGCUGGUAGACUCCGACUCCGACGAAGAACCUGCAAAAUCACGUACGAAGCCUGUGGCGAAAAUUAAACCUACGGACAUCUUGCAGGAGGACCCUCAGCCCCAGAAUAAGAAGCUGAAGACUGAGAGCUGGGAGCGGAGCGUGGGCAAAUUGAACACCAAGCCCCAGUUAGCCGGGCUGGUCACAGUGAGGAAGCAGAAGCCGGGUCCUGCCCUGACUAAUGGGACAGAGAACCGAGGCACCACGGCCGACACCGGCUCGUUUCCCACAGCAACGGGCACCACGUCCUCUCUCGGCUUGUUGGGGGCGUAUUCGGACAGCGAGGACAGCGCGAGUGACUGAUGAGCGAGCGAGCCAGCCCAGAGCAGGGACCGCGGGCCGUUCCCCCCUCCCGGCUGACAGCAGCUGCUCUCCAGAGCCCCACGCAGAGCUGGCGUUGCAGCCGGCGGGCCCGGCGGGGUUUCCAGCCCAUCUGGAGUCCCGGCAUCUUCACCUGCCCGGCCCGGGGUGCGCGUCCAUCCCGCAAGAGGGACGAGGCCCCAGCACCCUCGCUGGCUCGCACCGCCAGCGGAGCGAACCGGUCGAGACAACAGCUUCCUCAGACAAGGGUAUCGCUGCUGCGUUGCGGCCAGUGGCAAGCCCCGCUGCUGUCCCAGGCUGGCUGGGCCCAAACCCAGCGUCCAGCCAGCCCCAGAGCAGGAUGUGUCCCAGCCCCGCACCUGUAACAUGUUGGGAAGCAGCAGGGCCAGCCGGGACCGUGGUUUCUCCAUUCUGAUGGUGCCCGCUGCCCUCAGCCCCACCCCGGUUGUGCCUGGGCACGGGUACAUCACUCACCGACCCUCCUGUGGCUGUAAAGGGACCUGAGCGCCAUCCUGCCCUGUGUCCCUGCAGGGAGCCAGCAGGAGCUCAGCACCCCUCUUUUGCCACAGGAGGACCCGCCACCACCUCCUCUCGGGCCCUGUGGGGCUCAGAUCCAAAUCCCCCACUGUUCUCCUGUUGGAGGAGGUGCCGCAUGCUGCAAGGCAGACAUGGGGGGGCUCAUCUGGCCCCACGCUGCAGGGAGGGGGCUGUCCUGCCCCCUUCCCCCCUGUACCCCAGCCACCACCCACUAAUAAACCUGAUGUGUCAGA